UCAACCUUUAGCAUGUUCUCUGAACCCCUGUGGUACACUUCCCUUAUCCCCUUCUUGUUUUCACAAUCAUUAACUUUCUGUUUCUGCACUUCCUUUCUCUAAUUUAAUUUCAAGGGCUUGUGACUUUUUGCUUUGUGGGACUUAAAAAGUGUUUCAUUUUGGGUUAAUGAGCCAAGAAUUAAUGACCUGUUCUAUAAAUAGUACAGCAAUUUAGAGAGCCAUGAUGGUCUUCUUAGAAUUCCCAUUUUAAAAUGUGUUGGGUUCAAUAUCAGAAAGAUGGAGUUUUGAAGAACUCCUCUCCUGGUUCUUAUGGGGAGCCCAGUCCCAGUCCCCCUCUCCCAUCUGGGAACAGAAUUAGCCCAGAAGUGCUUUUCAUUAUAGUGAUAUUAGCACUCCUAUUUUUCAUUUCUGGUUUACUUCACUUGCUUCUCAGGUUUCUUGUCAAGAAUCCAUCUAAUUCACCCCAGUCCAAUACAAAUCCAGAAAUCUCUGAUGCCCUUCAGAGACAGUUGCAACAGCUCUUUAAUCAACCCGAGUAUGACACUGGUCUGGAUCGAGCUUUUAUCGACGCUUUGCCUGUUUUCGUGUACAGAGAAAUUGUGGGUUCGAAAGAGCCCCUUGAUUGUGCUGUUUGUUUGAGUGAAUUCUUGGAGACCCACAAGUUGAGAUUGCUUCCAAUCUGUGGCCAUGCUUUCCAUAUUAACUGCAUUGAUACUUGGCUCUUGUCCAACUCAACUUGCCCCCUCUGCAGAGCUGCCCUUUUCAACCCCGGGUUUUCCACCAUGAAUCCCAUGUUUGAUUAUGGCGAGCUAGCCGAAGAGGAUGGAGACCAGAAACCAAUUGAUUUGCAGGAGGAGAUUGUGGUACAAAAAAGGACUUUUCCUGUGAGGCUUGGCAAGUUCUGUAAAUUGAACAAUGUAUCAGGAGAGGGAGAGAGUAGCAGUAGUAACUACUUGGAUUCUAGAAGAUGUUACUCGAUGGGAUCUUAUCGAUAUGUUGUUGGUGACACGAAUCUCCGGGUUGCCUUGCCCUUGAACUGCCAAAGAAAUGGUGAUAAUAUAAAGGUUGUGAAAUCAAGAGAUCAAGAACCUUGUUGCUCACUUGAUGAAGCAGAUGGGGAGGGGAAAAGAUUAAGUAUUGGAACAAAAACUGAUAGCUUUUCUGUUUCGAAGAUUUGGCUGUGGUCGAAGAAGGGGAAGUUUGCUAGCUCUUCUAAUAACUCCCUACUGGAAAAUCCUCCUGCCAUUGAUGUGGAUUUACCAUGGAUGAAGAGAAGAGUUAGCCAGUAAAAACAAUAGUCUGAUUCCUAUAUAUGUUAUUUUGCUUGUUUAUCCAG